GCAUCACCUUGCCUAUAACUGCUACAUCUACUACAUAUUCGUGCCUCAGGCCCCCUCCAGCAUUUAUUUCACUUCGAUCCGUUAGCGUGCAAAAGAGCGAUAACUCCGAUACAGUGGGGCUUUUCGACAGACUGGGAUACGGGCCGAGCGACGAUGGAAUGGUACAUGGUAAAGCUUGCUGCCUUCACCUCCGGCGUCAGGGGGUGUUUCCGUUCGUAGGUUUGGGUUGUUGCUAAGGCCGAAGCUAGUAUCGCUACCAAAAUGCGCCCUCGUCCCAUCUCCAGAGGCCAAAGACCGCAACAGCCGAUGAUCUCUUAGCAGGCGAGCGCCUGCUCCAUCGCACUCACUCCAGCGUCGAGACGGGCAGCCUGACCGCGUCAUCGGUCGCCAUGGAAGCCACGCGUGGCUCAACCUCGAGCUCUUCCACCCACAGCAGCGAGACGCACUCGAUUCUGCACAAUCCCUUCAUCGUGCGCCAUGGCCGCCGCUACCUCAAAGAUCUCCCGUACCCUCUGCCCUGCGAUCUCCCCGAAUUGCAGCGAUCCAACCUGCAGACCCUCCUCGCGACGACCGUCUUUGGCCGCCCGCUGUGUUCGCCGCACAUGAGGAAGCACCCGCCCAAAAAGGUUUUGGAGGUUGCCUGCGGCAGCGGAUACUGGUCGUCGCUAUGCCACGACUACCUGAGCGGUCUUGGGCAUCGAAAUGUCUCGUUCACGGGGCUGGACAUUGUCCCAAUGGCCGCCGAUCUGUCAAAACAAGGCGUAAAUUGGCGCUUCGUGCAGCACGACCUGCGCAAGGUCCCAUUUCCGUUCAGCGAUGGAGAGUUCGACCUGGUCAUGAUGAAGGAUUUGAGCCUUGUCGUUCCUCUGGGUGGGCCUCAGCAGAAGGUGCUGGAUGAGUGUAUGCGAAUCGUGGCCAAGGGCGGAACUAUAGAGCUGUGGGAGGCCGAUUCUGUCAUACGCUCCAUAUUGCCGCACCCUCCCGCACCCCCGGGGAAAAACGCAGAAGACGACGACAUUGCCGCGGCGACCGCGACCUUCUUAAUUUCGCCCGGAACGCCCUUUACGGAUUGCCAGAACAAAUACCUGCAGGAUUCCAACGCUUGGAUACAGGAUGCCAUAGACAAGCGAAAGCUGUAUCCUAUGCCGUGCGCACGCAUACUGCAGGUGCUUCUGCAGGAACCCGACACCCUGUACGACGUCGACUACCGAAGAAUUGCCAUUCCUCUGGGCGAGAUGAGAUGGGAAAGAGAGCUUGAUGGAGGCGGGAGAAUCCUGAAGCGCAGAGACAGCGAAUUGAAGGGGAAGGGAAAAUCGGACUCGUAUUUGACGGAAGACCAAGCCGCCCUGAGGCACACAGCGCUCACCGUCGUUAUCCAACUGAUUGAAAGCUUGGAGCCGUUGUUGAAGGAAGUCAGUGGGAAGAACCAGGAGGAAUGGCAGCGUUGGUGGGGCUGGAUGAUGGAUGACCUCUUGACGCAGAAGGGGGCCUCCAGCGGUGAAUGCUUGGAGGUUGGAGCCUGGUGGACCAGGAAAGUUUGAGGAGUUCGAUACCCAUGCUCAUUAAUUCAUUUCUUCAUGCUCCGAUUGGCUUAUCCGGCCGGGCAUUUUAUAUUUUAUCGUAGCGCUGGCGCAGAGCUCUGUAUCUCUUUAAAUAGUACAAUGCUUCAAUUUCUUUCUUUAUAUAUUCGGCUUUCUGGA